AUGCAAACAACGUCGCAAAGUGUUGGAAUGGAGACGGUGCACAUCGCCAGGCACCUUCGUGACAUGAAAAUGUGUUUUUGGUGAGUGCAGAUGAUUUUUAAUUCAGUAAAUUAGUGUAAACCUAUUUUACAGGGCUCUCGAUGUUUGAAGCGAUGUUUUCGACUGAAAUGGCGGGAUGGACGAGCAGCACAACAAUAUUUUUGAUAAAAUUUGUAAGGUAAGGUGGUUUGAAUGAAAGCUUUGGUUCCUAAGUCCCAGUAGUUUUAAAAUCAUGCUCUAGUGUAGGAACAAAUCGAUUUCAUGAGAAAAGAACUCAUUCUAUAUGAACUUCGAAUGGAAAAUUCUAUAUUCAUGUUUGUUACUCAUAUUCAUCUAGAAAUGUAUUUGAUUGUAUUUUUCCAUCAGUGCUUGAUAAAUUAGAACAUCAUUACUUUUAGAAAAUUGAUAGUGAUAGGAAUAAGUAGUUGCCAAGUAAUUGCCAUGUCAUUGUCAAGUCAAGCUCCUAAAUCGCUUGUCAGCACUGACUCACUUUCUACGAAAACCUUGUAAUUUUGGCUCGUUGUGUUUUCUAAACAAUGAACGCUCCCUCUGCAGUGUUUUUUCAUUUUGCAGAUAAUGGGAUAUACCUGAAUAUGAAACUUGAAAAACUUCAAAAAUGACUACAUUAUUUCUCAUUUCCCAAUACCCUAUAUUUUUCAAACGAAGUUUUAAACAUGAUUGAACAUUUCAGAUUCUACAAUCAUCAACCAACUCUUCGCAGCCUGGAAAACAAUACAUCACCCUCCACACUUCGACAUCCACAGGAUUCCGAUAAAUAG